AUGCUACUGUUCCACCUAGAUCUGGAGAUAUUCGAUAAAUACAAGUACCUUGGGGUGUGGAUAAAUAAUGGCAUUGAGUAUCGGACAGAGUAUGAAAAAUAUCUAACGACUAAAGGUAACAGAAGUGCAGCGAUUAUGAAGUGUAGGGCACUGUGGAACUACAAUAGGUACGAGGUAGUACGAGGGAUAUGGAAGGGGGUAAUGGUUCCAGGCCUGACUUUUGACAAUGCAGUGCUAUGUAUGAGAGCAGAGACCCGGCAACAGUUGGAAACUAGGCAACAUGGUGUGGGUAGGCUCACUCUGGGAGCACAUGGCAAGACACCAAAUCUUGGGGUGCAGGGGCAUCUGCAAUGGUCUUCUUUCGAUGGCAGAGAGGCUAGUAGCAAGGUAGCAUUUGAAGAGCGAAUGAGAAAAAUGGGAGAAUUGUGGUGGGCUAGGAAGGUUUUCACUUACUUAUACACGAGGAAUGUUGACACGAGGUGGAGGAAGCGAACUAGAAAAUUGACAAGCAAAUACUUGGGCAGUAGCGGGAGGACAAGUAAGCAAUCAUCUGUCAAGAAAAAGGUUAAGGAGACAGAGAGGGGUAUGUGGAGUACAGAGAUGCAAACCAAAUCGGCAUUGGAGACAUACAGGACGUUUAAGCAAGAAAUAGCCAAAGAAAAUAUUUACGAUAACUCUAAGGGAAGCUCAUUGUUGUUUGAAGCCAGGACAGGUGUACUGCGGACUAAAACGUACCGAGCCAGAUACCAGGAGAUAGAUUUGGUGUGCGAGGCGUGUGGAGAGGAGGAGGAAACGGCUGAACACCUGAUACUUGCUUGUAAACAACUUCACCCUGCAGUUGAAUUUAACGGGGAACUAUUCAAAGCUUUGGGUUUUAAAGACAGUGAAAGUAGAAUAGACUUUGAACAGGUAGAAAUAACUAAACGGAGACUAUCUGAUUGGUGGAUAAUAUCAACGCAAAAGUAAAGGACUAAAUACAUAGGUAUGCAUGCAUAUAGAACCAUUAAAGGCUAGGUGGCGCGCACCGCCGCAGCCCGAUUCAAAGGGUUGAGCCUCAAUCAUCCAUCCAUCCGAAGUGAAAACAUUUUGUGCCACUCUGCACAAGUUUGCAUCUCAAUGUGUCUUUUUUAGGCAGACGAGGUGAUGUCGUUACAACUCCGUCAAGCUUAACAAGACUACACAAGCGUUGCCAUAAAUCUUGCAGUAGAGGUAGCUGAGGUAUUAGUAAAUUUAAUUAAUACAUGGGCAACGCUAAGCGCCGACGGUGAAUGCAAACAUUCAUUCUCUCAUUGCAGAAAUGUCUGUGCAUAGCUGCUUGAAAUGAAGGAAGUGCUGUGCAGUGCAAUAUUAGUUACAUCAACAUUUACACACGUCACUGCAAAACUUAAGGA